AUGUCUUCCUCCUCUCCACCAGCAGAGAAGGUUGCCAAUGGCGACGACAAAUCUGGCUCCUCGCAACAGGUUCAGAAGGCAGGCACUGACGCAAAACCCACCGAGCGCGCUUCAAGGGCCGCCUUCGCCAGUGUAAUGAUGUUUUUCCGAUUCGUCACCGGGAUAUUCUUCAGAGAAAUCCGAACCAGAGGCUCGUUCAACAUCCCUCAAGAUGGGGCUGUUAUUUUUGUCGGGGCCCCACACAACAACCAGUUUCUCGACAUGAUACUCGGCCUUGAGGCAUAUAAAGAAAGCGGUCGUCGCGUACAAUUCCUCGUUGCCGCAUCGAGCAUGAAACGUGCCGCUGUCGGUUUCUUUGCGCGCUUAGUCGAUUCCAUUCCUGUCGCCCGUGCUUCGGACAAUGUCAAGCCAGGCACUGGUCGAAUUCACUUGUCUCCCGACGACCCAUGUCUUGUGCUAGGCGAAGGCACUUGCUUCAAAUCGGAAUUUACGGCCCGCAUGCAAAUAAUGCUUCCCAAGAGCCUUGGCAGCGUUACUGCUGAAAUCACGGAUGUUAUAUCCGACACUGAGCUCAGGAUCAAGAAAGAGUUUUCCAACGACCAAGGCAAAUGCACAGACGAAGUCCGCGAGGCGACAGAGAGCGGGAGUCUGUCCUUCCGUCGUCUGCCCUAUGUCGACCAGCAACAGAUGUAUCACCAUGUUUACAACGCACUCAGCAGUAAUGGUAGCAUUGGGAUCUUCCCAGAGGGUGGAAGUCACGACCGGACAGACCUACUCCCUCUCAAGGCUGGUGUUUCUAUCAUGGCCCUCGGUGCUAUGGCAAAUAAUCCGGGACUCAAUGUCCAAAUUGUCCCCGUGGGCUUGUCGUAUUUCCACGCCCACAAGUUCAGAUCGCGGGCUGUUGUCGAGUUUGGUCGGGCUCUCCAAGUUCCAGCGGAGCUCGUGGAGCUUUUCAAGAAGGGCGGCGCGCAGAAACGUGAAGCAGUUGCCAACCUUCUCGACCUCAUCUUCAACGCUCUUAAGACUGUCACUGUUCUUGCACCAGACUACGACACCUUGAUGCUUAUCCAAGCUACUCGCCGAUUGUACAAGACGCCGAGUCAACAUUUAACUCUUGGUCAAGUCGUCGAGCUCAAUAGGCGGCUGCUGGAAGGGUAUGAGUUCCACAAAGACGAACCAAGGGUACAGAAAUUGCGCGCUGAAGUGCUUCGCUACAAUCGUAUGGUUCGGGAUAUGGGCUUGCGUGAUCAUCAGGUUCCUCGUGCAGAGCGUUUGAGGUGGAAAACGCUAGCGCUUCUGGUGUACCGCAUGGGGCUUCUCUCGGUGUGGAGUGUGUUUGCUCUGCCUGGACUGAUCCUCAACGGGCCAAUAUUCAUUCUGGCGUCGAUUAUUUCCAGGAAAAAAGCCAGAGAAGCUUUGGCUGCUUCGCGGGUCAAAAUCGCCGCUCGAGAUGUCCUGGCAAGCUGGAAAGUCCUCAUUUCCUUGGGUGUCGCGCCAGUACUCUACCUUUUCUACGCCAUCAUCGGGACCAUAGUCGCGAUCCGUACCAAUGCGCCUUUGAAAUGGCGGCUGAUGACCCCCUUGAUCGUUCUGUUUGGCGUACCAGCAAUGAGCUACGCCGCACUCAAGUUCGGUGAAGCUGGGAUGGACGUGCUCAAAUCACUUCCUCCCCUCAUUGUUGCGCUCAUUCCAGGUCAGCAACGCUCGCUGGACCAACUCAAGGCGAUGCGGGUGGAGCUGGCCAACGAGGUGUCGAGCCUGAUCAAUGACUUUGGACCCCAGCAAUACCCUGAUUUCGACCAGUGGCGCAUUCUCGUGCCCUCUGCAAGCGUGCCUCCGUCUGGUGGUACCCCUGGUCUGUGGAGGCGGAAGAGCGGAAACGGGGGUGUGGAUGCGCCAGGACUAGGAUUAACUCAUCCUAUGACUUGGUUGGACGAAAGACUGUUUGGGUUCCGCGCUGCAGCGACGGCACCCAACUCGGACGAUGAAGGCGACAAUGGGGACUAUGACAACGUUAUAGGGUUCAUUCCUGGUGCUUCGACGUUGUUGUCUGCUGCUGCUGGGGUAGUUUCGAAGAGCCGGAACAGUUCAUAUGCUGAUUUGCAGAAGUUGAGAAGCGCUCAAAAGUAA